UUAAGGUCGGAUUUGCUGGUUGGCGGUACCUACGAGAUUGUUUAAUGGCAGUUAAGGGACUGCGGGCAGUUGCGCGAUACAGUAUUGCGCAAGAAUUGAGUCGAGGCUUCGCGAGUGGCUGCCCGAACCGUGCCAGGCAACUAUCGGAAAUUAUGUAAAUAAAUGAGCUGAGAAAUCAAUGCAGAAUUUGUUCAAAACAAUUCGAGAUCAAUCAGUUUAAAACAAUUUCGUCUUGAGAUGAAGAGGAUCCAGUUUUCCUAGAGUUUAGCGGCCAUUUCUGAAGAAUGAAGCGACGGGUUUGGUCAGAUUGUAUUGCGUUGGUCAGCGAGGGUCAGUCACUCACCCCAUGCAUCGGCCGGCACAAGUAUGUUGCAUGCGGCGUGGAGGAAAAAAACCUCACGCCGUGCCUAAAACAACAAUCAUGUGCCUUAUUUAAUGAGUGAUCGCGUUGCCUUGCUGUCGUCUUCUACCUCAUCCUUCCCUCACACUCUACAGACCAGACUUCUGCCAUGGCUGAGCUGAACAAGAGUCUCACCGCAAUGGACUGGCUCCCGCGCCUCAACGCUCGGGGCACGCUGGCGGGAGGCUUGUGGCUAGACGGGGUUACUGACACUCCCGAGAUGGUGCAGGCUGACUCCUCCACGCCCCCCUCGCCGCCCGUCAAUGGCAAGCCGCCCUACAGCUACGCCAACCUCAUCACGCUGGCCAUCACCAGCAGCAGCCGCAGGAAGAUGACCCUGGCGGAGAUUUACCACUGGAUCAUGGACAACUUCUCCUACUACCGCCAGGCGCCCGUCGGGUGGAAGAACUCGGUGCGUCACAACUUGUCCCUCAACAAAUGCUUCAAGAAGGUGCCGCGGACCAAGGAUGACCCGGGCAAGGGCUCCUACUGGGCCAUCGACGCCACCCACACGGCGGACGAGGCGGCCAGCAAGCGGAAGAAGCAGCCUUGCCCGAGAUUCAACCCGUAUCUGGCCCACACGCUGACCAACACGGCGAGAACCACAACUCUCUCAAUGAGCGCCGCCAACACGGGACUCAGUACCAUCAUACCCGCCGCCGCCACGCCCCUGCAGGACCCCGAGCUCAAGACUGGCACCCCGAUGGUCAACCCCUGGAGCCACAGCGCCCGCGUGGACCACUGGGCGCAGACGACACACCCCUGGAACUUUUCGCAGGAGGGAGUGUUACUGGAUGGCGUGACGGGGACCAACGCACCCGUCAGCCUCUCCAUGGGCGUUGGGGAAGGUGAGUGCGCGCCGCGAGAUUCCUCGGUGGAUGGCAUCACUAUGAAGGACUGCGACCUGCUGCUGCUCAGUAACCUCACGCCGGAGCAGCUGAGAGAGUACGCUGCCCUGCUCACGCCGCAGAACACUGGAGGCGCCAACGUGAACCAAAGCGUGCCCAGCGUGCUGCCCCUGUCCCUCCCCAUGUCCAUGCCCGUGUCCGCCCCCACGGCCAUCCCCGCCCCCAUGGCAACCACGAGGACCUCCUCCAGCGACGCCACACUCCUGCCCCUCCAGACCUCCGGGGAGACGCUGGAGACCCUGGUGGCGGACUCCCUCAUGAUAUCCAACGGCGUGCCCCCUGAUGACGUGCUCAGAUCCCCCCAGCAGGCCAGUACGCCCGGGGAGCUCCCCCUAGACGGCAGCUUCAGUCUGAGCGGCCAUAGUGACUGCGGGGACAGCUCAGCGUCUCUUUCUCUCUCCGCACACAGCCAGACAGUCAGCGCUGCCAGUCACGGCUCUGGGGGAACGGUGACCAUCAUGCGGAGAGAGCCAGCAGUAGCUAGUCCCCAGCCGCUGUCAGAGCCACUCAGCCGCCUCCUGGCUCCCUUGUCGCCCCCUAUUCACGCCGGCGGGGAGGCUGCAUCCCCACACAACGAUGACUGCCUGGAGGGGAUGCUGGAACAUACACUGGCGCAGAACAUGGAAGCUAUCCAGGUGGGACUCAUCACAGGCUCAGGUCCUCACUCUGACGACGAGGAGAUCACUGACGAGUUUAACUGGGAUAAGCUACUGUAGCCUCACCCCCGCCCCUCGCUACCCCGCCCCUUGUAAUGCAAUAACGUACCGUCCUCUUGAUCAAGUGUGCCUUGUACCAGACGUACCACAUACGUACCGUAGAUGCUACUUAGGUCAGCGUGAACCACUGCGUCGUGUAGAUGUAACUCUUGGUAAGUUAAGGUGUACAUACAAGUGAUCGAGUCAGACAGGAGAGACAUGGAGGGGGGUUCUGGGAGUGUUUGAUGCUGCGCUGCUGACGGUGCUGGCUGACUGCUAGAAGGCGUCAGGAGAGUGUAUAAGGAGGGUUUCUGUUUAGCUGUUUUUUUUAUUUUUAUUUUAUUUUUUUUAGGGUGUGUGUGGGGGUGUAUUGGUGUUGUGUUAUGUUUGGGUUUCUCUCUCUCUCUCUCUCUCUCUCUCUCUCUCUCUCUCUCUCUCUCUCUCUCUCUCUCUCUCUCUCUCUCUCUCGUUUGUGUAUUUCAGAUAUUUUUAUUCAGUGUAUGUAGAUUUGCAAGUGAUUUAAUGAUAUGCCACCACCACUACUACUGCUACCACCACCACCACCACCACCACCACUAUCAUCAUCAUCAUCAUCAUCAUCAUCAUCAUCAUCAUCAUCAUCAUCAACUCAAUGGCUGGUCCGGGGUUGAGACUGUGAUUGUAUCUUUUUUACUAUUUUUUCUUUUAUUUAUUAGGUCGAAGUUUAGAAUGUACUUUUUCCUCUUUUUUUCCUUUUAUUUGUUCUGGUCCUAGAAGAAGAGACUCCGUUCAGAAUCCUCCUCCAUGCGUACCUGUCGUAGGUGUGUAGAUGUUAUGCUCAGGUGAAUGAGAGGUUAUAACCUACCAGUGUAUUACCUUAGUCUCCCAUUGAGAAUAACAAAGAAAACGGGAGAUGUAUAUAAUCACUAUUAACAAGAACUGAGGGACUGUAUUCUCAAAUGUUUCAGCAUCUUAUCUUUACUACUUUUAAAGGUCUAUAGUGGAAGUUAUUGGGAUUCUUGAGAAUGAUUUUGUGAUUCUGAGUAAGAUAUUGAGGUUUUCUGGUGUGUUUUCGUGAUUUUGGUGAUAGCUGAAGUUUUAGUGGAACUUGGGGUUUUCAAGGAUAGUUUAGUGGUUCUAGUGGAAGUUGUCGAGGUUUUCAAGGUGUUUUGCGAUACUGUCGGUUAAAGAGGCUGUAAUGGAGGUCAUGAAGGUUCUCAAGGGUGUUUUAGUGACUCGUAUGAUAGUUUGAUACGUUUUAGUGGAAGUUAUUAGGAUUUGGUAAUUAGGACUGGUAAUAGUUGUAGAGGAUUUAGUGAGAGUUGGUGAUGUUUUCAAAGUGUUUUCGUGAUUCAGGUAACUGAACAGACUUUAUUAGAAGUUGAAAGGAUUUCCAAUUGUGUUUUCAUGGCUCUAGUCUAACGGAAGUGGUUAGGAGUUUUCAAGAGUGGUUACGUAAUUCUGGUUAUUGUAGCGUGUUUUCGUGGUCCAGUGAUAAUUUGAUACGGAUUCUACGUCAGUGGCGCCAUGAACACCCAUGAGAACCCAAAUAAUCAUCUCCGUGGCCUUUGAAAAUAGUCCCUGUGAGAGAAAGAAACGUUUCAAAAUACGGGCUCUUUGGUUCUGCUUUCACGUAUUCCUGUUGACUCUUGAGACUGUUACUCCUAUGUCUCCUCCUCCUCGCCUCUGUACACCCUUCCUUGGCGUGCGUUUUACCCACAGAUGUGCAGUGCUGUUUGUUUCGCCUGUCCUUUGAACGGCUGCAAAAUUCUGCAUGCCGCUGUAUAGUACUCGCUUUUAAUUUGUAUACACUCCGUCACAGGCUGACAGGAGUGAUAAACCAGGAUUAUUAUUAUUAUUAUUAUUAUUAUUAUUAUUAUUAUUAUUAUUAUUAUUGUUAUUAUCAUUAAUAUUAUUAUUAUUAUUGUUAUUAUUAUUAUUAUCAUCUUGAUUACUGCACUUGUUUUUACUCUAUCGCAGGCUGAUUGGAGUAAUAAAACGGUGUUCAUUACCAUUGUUAUUAUUAUUAUUAUUAUUAUUAUUAUUAUUAUUGGGAAGUGUGAUUAGCUAGUCAUUACCGAGUCAUUCCCGAUUACCUAGUCACUCCCACCGCAGCAGCCUUCUGUCUACUGCUGGCGGGGGAACCAAGUCAGCUGGGGGGAUGAGAGCUGAAGUGAAGGUGUUUGCUCAUUCUCCAAGGCGUUCCAAGUAUUAAUUGGUAUACCCAACCCAUGUGCCUAAUGUCGUGUGCCUUGUUCCAAAUAAAUAUAUGAUAUGUUAA